AUGGGUUCAUCAUGUUAAAAAAACUUUAUAGAUUAUUCUGAUAAUGAUGAAAUCAAAUUAGAAAACCUUAAAAUAGGGUAAGAAAAUUAUCCUUCGAAAAUUCACAAAGGAGGAAGAAAAGUUUUACAUAGAAGCAAAACACCUUUUAAGCAUUUUGAAAAUGAUUAUAAUUAUUAAGAAUCAGCCAUAUAAUCAGUUGACUUAAUUUUACCAUAAACAAAGUCUUGUUAAUUAAAAUCGACCCAUUCAAGCUCAGAAAAAAAAAUAAUUGCUAAAGAAAAAUAAAAUCAUCUAAUCAGCAUAAUCAAAAAGCAAAGUUCUUAUAUAAAUACUUAGUCUUCUUUAUUAGCUUUCUCAACUAGAUAUAAAGGUCGCAUUCUCAAUUUAGAACUCGAUCAAAUACCUAAUUUUAAAUUAAUAUAUGAAGUAAACGUUGAACAAAAUUCAAUUUAUUUAUAAUUAGAUAUUAUUUUUGAUUCAGCUAUUAUUUGA